AUGAUUCAAGCGAACGCGGCGUCAGGAAUGGCAGUUAGCGAUGAAUGUAAAUUGAAAUUCUUGGAGUUGAAAGCAAAGAGGAAUUCCCGUUUCAUUGUAUUCAAGAUUGUGGAUCAAGCAGUGGUGGUGGACUCCAUUGGAGGCCCACAAAAUACUUACGACGAUUUCACGAAGGCUCUGCCUCCAAAUGAGUGUCGUUAUGCUGUCUUUGAUUUUGAUUUCACCACUCAUGAGAAUUGCCAAAGAAGCAAGAUUUUCUUCAUUGCCUGGUCUCCAGAUUCAGCAAAGGUGAGACAAAAAAUGGUGUAUGCGAGCUCCAAAGACAGGUUCAAGAGAGAACUUGAUGGUAUUCAGGUUGAGUUGCAAGUAACAGAUCCUAGUGAAAUGAGCAUGGACAUCAUAAAAGCUAGGGCAUACUAA